GUCAGAAUCAUACGAGAAAAACUUAUCGAAGGGUGGAUUACGGCUAUUGAACAAGCUUUUACUAUCUCAUCGUCGCGAGAUUCAGGGUUUUCAGAGGGGAGUUUGUCCGAAGCUCUGAAUGGCAGUGGUGCCAUCUGUGUCGCAGCAAAGAUCGGAGUGACAGGUUAUCCUGUGUUCUACUAAAAGAUGAAUGCUAUUGAGAAGUUGGAUAAAAUUUUACGACGCCUAAGCAGCAAGAGCCGUCGUACUACUACGAAACGUGUAAAUUGUCAUCGAGAAGUUUCCAGUUCGGGUAGUGAUGAAGAUAAUUUAGUAGAGCAACAAACGGAUACCUCAAAAAACGACCGCAAAGGUAGCAGUAAUCGUCGGACACAUUUGAAACCAAUAAUAUCAACCAUUCAAAGUAUCGCGACGACGACAACAGCAGUAACAAGGCAAUCCUCAGAAUAUAAUCCGCAGCAACAACAACAUCAACUACAGUACGACGAGCAGAAGCUCGAAGAGAAUAGACGUCCAAAGAUUGCGAAGACUCCUGAUGAUCAAAUGUUAGGUGAUAGAAACUGCGAGACUUUCAGAACGGCAAACUCCUCAAUCCACGAUAAAUCAUGUGAAUCCGAAGAUGCCGAUUACGUUUCCGAUUAUUCUACCUAUGGGGCGCAGCGAAGUAUAACACGAAAAUCCGUUUAUGAAUUGGAUAUGUCUAUGGAUGAAUCAUUACCGGAAUCAUGUGGACGUGAAAGUGGCUACUUGUCGGGAAUUGAUCUACGCUACAGCGUAUCAACUGCUGAAUCACCCGCUUUGUCACCUCUUGGAGCAGCUUUUUUUCGAGCCCAACCGUUGUUCCAGCGUACGCUAGGAACGAUCACACAGCAAUCUUUUGACAGUGAUGAGUUGCAAAAGAACGAAAAAGAUAGCCUGAAAGCGGUUGCCAUUCCAAGACAAAUUGACACUAUAAGAGAUUUGAAGCUUGAGGAUGAGGAAGCCAAGAUACCGGAUUAUGUAACUACUGAAAAGCUACUCCGAGAUAGCAUUGCGGAAACAAAGUACAUAACAACUAUUUUCGAGCUUUCAUCGGGUGGUAUUGUUGGUCUGAUUGAUGAUGUCCUCAACGAAUUUCGUUUAUGGUUUCAUGAAGAGAUUGGCUUCCUAGGAAUUGCAUGUGAGGUGCAAUGGUCCGUACCGGAGAAACACCGUCAUCUUAUCUUCGAAAAAAGAAUGAAGGAAGCUCUUCAUCAUUCACUUCGGCAAAACAAUCGCCGUGUAUUAAACAUGAAGAGUAGAACUGGUAACUAUCAUUUGCCGUUAACGAUGAUAUCAACUGUAACAGAGGAAAAUUGUGCACGUCAUUGUCAGUUAAAUUGCUUUCAAGGCGUGUAUCGUCGUUUCUACACGUCAUUGUUGCCGUAUCAGCAUACAGACGCAGGUGUAUGGCAUAGACCGUACUGGAAUUUGCGUGAUAUCAAUCGACCAAAUGCACAAAAACCAAAUCCGGAGCAGUUCAUUUUUGGACGUGAUGCGACCAAACUUGAUGUUGGCAGUUUGGUUGCUAUCAAUGUUGUUGCACUGAAAAUUGUACUAUAAAUAAUGCUAAACAAGAAAAUUUUUUCCUUUCUUUUCAAAUAAUAUCAUUUUUUUUUCCGGAGCAUCUACCAUAAUUAGUUGCGACAGCUGGAAAAAUGUUCGAUUUUCAAAUUGCA